CCCUGCUUCUCCACUCUCUCUCCCUCCAUCUCUCCAAGUGCUGGCGGAAUACCGAGCUCAGACAAAGAAAGCUCAGGAGAACAGAGGAGAGAAGUGAAAGAGUGUGCGUUGAGGGACAAAUAAAGCGUUUUAAAGAGAAAAAGAGAAAGACGGGUGCAGACUUUCAGACCUACGGUGUGUGAGGAGACAGAGAGAGGGAGAGAGAAAGACAGUGUCGCCAUUUCAAAAAUGAGUUUUGAGGAACAGCUUUGAGGGACACACAGCGGACGAUUCUGCCUAAUCGCACCACACAGGAGGCGCUCCUCAGAAAACACAUCUGUCCCACCAUCAACCAGUAAAUCUCAGAUGGAGGUGGAUGCAGCUGAGAAGCGUCAUCGAACACGAUCUAAAGGUGUGCGAGGUACAACGCACUCACAUGUUGCCGUGGAGGCUGCACAAGAGCUGUUCAGCUGUCCCACACCUGGAUGUGAUGGUAGUGGACAUGUCAGCGGCAAAUAUGCCAGACACAGGAGUGUGUAUGGAUGCCCCUUGGCUAAGAAAAGGAAAACCCAAGAGAAACCUACGCAGGAGCCAGCUUCCAAACGCCGUCCAUUUCUAACCAUGGCUGAUGGAGAGCCCACCAUGUAUGAAAGCUAUGAGGCCAUGGAAGAGGGAGAGGAGAGGGAACAGGAAGAAGUAGAAGAAGUGGAAGAAGAGGAGGAGGAAGGGGAAGAGGAUGGGGAUGAUGAAGAAGAGGAGUGCUCAGAUGACAAUGAGGAACCGGGAGAGGAAGAAGAGGAAGAGGAAGAGGAAGGAGAGGAAGAUGGAGAGGUGGAGAGAGAGGAGGUAGAGGAGAUAGAGCAAAUGGAGGAAGAGAUAGAAGAAGAUGAGGAAGUGGUGGAGGAAGAUGGGGAUGAUGAAGAGCAGGAAGAUGAUGAAGAGGAGGACGAUGAAGAUGAGCAUGAAGAAGAGGAAUACUAUGAAAAUCAGAGUCAUCAGCAAGACGACAAUUAUUCUAGUGGUGGACAAUCAAAAUCCAAUCAAAUAGUUGAGAAGGACAAUAACAAUAACAACAGUAUUAACAAUGAGGAGUAUGAGAAUUAUGACGAGCUGGUGGCCAAGUCUCUUCUAAACCUUGGUAAAAUCGCAGAGGAUGCUGCCUACCAGGCCAUGACUGAGUCAGAGAUGAACAGCAAUUCUUCCAACAGUGCAGGUGAGGAUGACGACGAGGAUGAAGAUGAAGGGAGCGAACAAGGAGGCCAUAAGGGAGAGUUGAGCGUCGACCUGGAUAGCGAUGUGGUACGCGAGACCGUGGACUCCCUGAAGCUUCUGGCCCAGGGACACGGAGCUGUGCUUCCCGAUGAGGGAUACGCAGAUGCCGGGUCUGGGGAUCCUGGCUCUGCUGGCCAUGCUAACGGACGGGGCCAGACAGAAGAAAGCGAGGAAGAAGUGUGUCUCAGUAGCUUGGAGUGCCUGCGCAACCAGUGCUUUGACUUGGCCCGCAAACUCAGUGAGACCCAAACGUCCGAGCGGUCCACGAUGGAGGACCAAGUGCAGCACCAGGUGGAGCAUCUGCAUCAGCAUCUGCAUCAGCAUCAGCAUCAACAUCAACAUCAACAUCAACAUCAGCAUCAGCAUCAGCAUCAGCAUCAGCAUCAGCAGCAGCAGCAGCAGCCUCCAAUGCAUCACAUGCCCAGGUACGACAGCUGCCAGAUGGACCAGCACAGACCCCUUGAGAGGAACUACUCAGACAUGGUCAAUCUGAUGAAACUGGAGGAGCAGCUCAGCCCUGCUUCAAGAGGCUACCCCUCUAGCUGUGCCCAGGAAGGGGAUGAGGACACUACGUCAGUGGCCUCCGAACGUUCCGAUGAAGCUUUUGACAUGACUAAAGGCAACCUGUCGCUGCUGGAAAAGGCCAUUGCUCUGGAAUCCGAGCGUGCCAAGGUUAUGCGAGACAGAAUGGCAUCAGAACAGAUGGUGGCUCGGAGGGACAAUCAGCGUCUUCAUGGAGAGCACAGCCCAAGGCAGAGCAGCAGUGCAGAAGAACGCAAGGCCCGACUCCAUCAUGAUGGCGCAAAAAGAGCAUAUUACCCUAAAGAAUCAAGGGGAGAGAAAAAAGAAAGCAAGUGUCCAACCCCUGGUUGCGAUGGCACAGGGCAUGUCACUGGACUCUAUCCUCACCAUCGAAGCUUGUCCGGCUGCCCUCACAAAGACCGCGUGCCACCAGAAAUUCUUGCAAUGUAUGAGAAUGUUCUAAAGUGCCCCACGCCUGGCUGCUCGGGACGCGGCCAUGUAAAUAGCAACAGGAACUCCCACCGCAGUCUCUCGGGAUGUCCCAUAGCCGCCGCCGAGAAGAUGGCAAAGGUUCAGGAGAAACAUCACCCCUGCGACAGCUCCAAGUCCAACCAGGCAUCAGACCGUGUCCUGAGACCCAUGUGCUUCGUAAAACAGCUGGAGAUCCCACAGUAUGGGUACAAAAAUAACGUCCCAACCAGUACUCCACGAUCCAACCUGGCCAAGGAGCUGGAGAAGUACUCCAAAGCCAGCUUCGACUACAGCAGCAGUUAUGACAACCAGCCUCAUGCCUAUGGCAAGAGGUCCCUCACCCCGAAGCACCACGGGCGAGACACCUCACCCAAAGGAUAUGAUGCCAAGCGCUACUGUAAGACCUCGAGCCCGGCCAGCAGCACCACGAGCAGCUACGCUCCCAGCAGCAGCAGCAGUCUCAGCUGUGGAGGAGGAGGAGGGGGAGGGGGAGGAGGGGGAGGAGGAAGCAGCGCCAGCAGCACCUGCAGCAAGAGCAGCUUCGACUACACGCACGACAUGGAAGCCGCCCACAUGGCCGCCACCGCCAUCCUCAACCUGUCCACGCGCUGCAGAGAGAUGCCCCAGAGCCUCACCGGGAAAGGCCCAGAGCUCCUGGCACAGAGCCCUGAUGACAGAGAUGGGGAUGAGAACGGAACCCUGGAUCUGAGCCGGGCUGGAGGGAUGGGGGAGGGCAGUGGAGGCACAGUGCUGACCCCCCUGCAGCCCAUGUCGCCCCAGCGGCAGGCCCUGCUCAACAGCCACUGCUACCAGAUGAGCGCAGCAGACUGCUGGGACCUGCCUGUGGACUACACCAAGAUCAAACGCCUGGACGAGGACCACAAGGAGGAUGACCUGGACCCAUUUCAGGAUCUAUUAGAAGAGCAGCAGUAUUCAGGAGACGUGUCCCUCCCCAGCCCCAAACACAAAUAUGCUCCCUGCAAGGAGAGCAAGAAGGAGCUUCUCACGCUAUCAAGCUGCCAACUGGCUGACAAGGGCAUGCGUGGUAUGAUGACAUCUAACUCCCAGGAUCUGAAGUGUCCCACUCCUGGCUGUGAUGGCUCUGGGCAUAUCACAGGCAACUACGCCUCACACAGAAGUCUGUCAGGUUGUCCCCGGGCAAAGAAGAGUGGUAUUAAAAUAAUGCACAGUAAGGAGGACAAGGAUGACCAGGAGCCAAUCAGGUGUCCUGUGCCAGGCUGUGAUGGCCAGGGUCAUGUGACAGGGAAGUAUGCAUCCCACCGCAGUGCAUCCGGCUGCCCGCUGGCCGCCAAGCGUCAGAAAGAUGGUUAUGUGAACGGAGCGCCUUUCUCCUGGAAGUCUGGCAAGACAGACGGCAUGACCUGCCCCACCCCAGGCUGCGAUGGCUCAGGCCACGUCAGUGGCAGCUUUCUCACCCACCGGAGGUACAUGAGCAUUCUGUCCGGUUGUCCCCGUGCUACAUCUGCUAUGAAGAAGGCAAGGAUGACCGGGGUUGAAAUGCUCACAAUCAAACAAAGAGCAAGUAAAGGCAUAGAAAAUGACGAGGAGAUUAAACAACUGGAUGAGGAAAUCAAAGACCUGAACGAAUCGAACAAUCAAGUAGAGUCAGACAUGAUAAAAUUAAGGACUCAAAUCACCACCAUGGAGACUAACCUGAAGUCCAUCGAGGAGGAAAACAAGGCCAUAGAGCAGCAGAACGACUCGCUGCUGCAUGAGCUCGCCAACCUCAGCCAGUCCCUCAUCAACAGUCUUGCCAACAUCCAGCUUCCACACAUGAAACCGAUGCCACUGAAAGAGGCCCCUGUUAAAAAUUACUGCUGUUUACAGAUGCCCCACAGAGAGCCGAUGAACGAGCAAAACUUUGACACUUAUGUGAGCACUUUGACAGAUAUGUACACUCACCAGGACCAGUACCAGAGCCCGGAGAACAAGGCCCUCUUGGAGAACAUAAAGCAAGCGGUUCAAGGCAUCCAAGUGUAGCUUUGCGACUGGCUGGUAUUGGCCGAGUAACGGGGUCAUGUGAUCAGAGCGUUAAGAAACAAAAGAAACCCAUCAUGUAAAAAGUAUGGAUAACUAGUAUGAUUUUUUUGCUGCUGUAAUUUAUUGUAUUAUUUGGCAUUAUAUAUGAUUCUGUUAUGCUUUUGACAAAAAAAUAAUACAUAACUUAUUUGUUGCCUUGCUUUAAGAUGACGACUACCAAUGGCAAAUGUUUUGAGGAACAUUCAUGUUUUGUACAUUUUUCAUAUGACCUGACAUAAUGUGAUGUACUGUUUAUAGCUGCUAAUGUAUGCACAUUUUAGUGUAUAUGUAUUUAUUAAUUGUAAACAAAAACCAUCCAUUAUUUUAAAUCUAAAGAGGUGCAGAGGGGAUACAUUGAGGGAAUGUAAGGGCAAUCAGCUUCAAUCUGAGCUUCUCUUUAUGGAACUAAUGGGAACUAAUGUGCUGUGCAGGCUGUUCAAUGGGUGUACAGUGGUACAUUUUUGUGGUUCGAUUUUGGGUACAUUUUGUAAAAAUAUUGAGAAACGUUGUCUUUUGGUUCCGAAAUCAUAUUUAUAGUGGUCAGUGUGGGCACUCUAAUGCAGUAUGUGUAUUGUUUUUAUUUUUGCUUGUUUGUUUUUUCUUCUUCUUUUUUUUCUCUCUAGUUUUAAUUCCCAAAAUAGAUGGAAAAAAAUAGAAAAAAAAAAAUGUGAAUGCAAACAUCAUGACACGGAAACUCACUGGUGUAAAUCCCAAGAAGUAUUUCAUAACUUUUCAAAUAUUUUAAAAGUCCAUUCUCUAAAUGUAACGCCCGGCUGGUUGAGGCCAAUAACUACAGAAAAUUUCAAGGAGACAAUCCAACAUUAAUUCUUGAUUUAAUGAUCGUAAAAUGUUAGUGGUAGUAUGAUAGAAUAUCAGCAAUAUAUGAUAACGAAUCAAUCAUUUAUUUAGAUAUGGGAUGCAAAAGUUUGGGUAUAUGCAAUUUCUUAUUCUUACCAUAGUAGAAAGCUGAUGAAUCUUUUUACUAAAUGUAAAGUAUUAAGUUUUAUAUAAAUCUUUUAAUACAGUCAUGUUUUAGGGUUUAAACAUGGGUGAUCAAGUCCAAAAGGAUGAAUGCAUUAUGAUUUCACAUUUCUCAUGUUCGAUUUUGCACAGGGACACCUUUGUUUCCAUGUUUUGGUGUUUUUAUUUGUUUCAGGAGACCAAGGAGGUGCCCAGACGUUUGAAUUGUGGGAAGUUUUUCUUUUUCUUUUGAAGGAAGUAAAUCUGUGUGUGAAUGUUAGUUUAUCAGUGUGCUGGAUAUACAGGGUUAAUGUCACCAUCCAUACGUCAUUGUGUCAUAGUAAUGGAGCACUUGUCUUGUAGAUUUUGUCCAAACAAUCAUGUAGAGAUUCAUCUGGUCAUGUGUGCACAACAAAUACGACUAUAUCAGCAAUGCAAGCUCAUUAUAUUACAAUUAGUGAACUCCAAUCAGUUAUAUACAGUAUUAAGAGAGAUCAGCUUGCAUUCUGUGGUAACCUGCAAUUCACUUUCAUCACUUAUUUUUUAAGUUUCUGAGAAAUCAGCGGCACUUUAAGCUCUAAGAAUUAUGGAAAUUGAAGCAGGAGGCAUUUUUGAUCAUUAAACGUUAAAACGGCAUGGCACGGGUCUAGAUUACAGUAGCACGUGGGCAGUUUCGGGUUAUUCAGAGGGUGGUUUACUGACAUGACCAGUUCAUAUUACUCCAUAGAAUCUUAAGGACAUGUACAGUUAUAGUCUGGGAAUCCCCCUUCAUCUUCAUUUAGUCAAAGCCCAUUCAAAGCAUCAAGCAAAGUCACAAAUAGGGCUGAUUUUCAGUGGUGGAUUUUAAAGUUGUUUGUAUUUAUCGAGCAUGAGUCGAAACUGUCACAGUGAUUUUUAGUGUGAAAUGACUCUGGUUGUUGCUGAUGCUCUACGUGGGGCUUUGUUUCUGAAAUCUAUGAUUUUGUAUUAUUAUUACGGCUAGCAUUAUGUUUUCCAAGAGCUCAUGCAAAUGGUGCUAGUCACUCUUAUUUAUCGUUCUGUAAUAUCCAGACAUCUCUUCCCCACCCACGGCACAUUUCUCUCCGAAAGCUUUGUGUAUGCAGCUUAUUUCCAAGAUAGUACCGCUUUUAACACACUGAUAGCAAAAUACAAUAUCCUCUCAUUCACUAUCAUAACUGAUUUGACAGGAAAAGGGAUUUUAAGCACAAUUCCGCUGCUCAUUUUCAGUUGGCACAUAUUGUACUAUCUACUUCAAAAGGUUAUCUGUGACUAUUUAAAUAGAAAACUCUAUCUAUGGUGUCACAUGCUUGAAUGCAGAAUACUUUUCUUAUUAAUAAUUGUGAAAUCAUCAGGUUACAAGUUUCCAUUUCAAAUGGAUUUUAAUUAACCAUUUUAAACCAGGAUUUUUCUAUUAAAAAAUAAAGAAAGAAGCAUAGCUUUCUUAAUGUCUCUUGCUCUCUUCCUCUAUCCAGCUCUUUAGCUAUCUUUUUCUCUCUUAUUUUUUUUUUUUUUCAACCACAUGGCAUGAUUUCUGUUGGUAUGAUACUUUUUUUGCUCUAAGUGUUUAAGAUCACAAGUUGCAGUGAUAUUUCAUUUUGAAAUUGUGAAAUUUGUACAAUUUUUAUCAUGCUGGUGUUGACAUCUCUUACUCAAUAAAACUUGUGUUGCCACAU